UCAGUAGUAGAGGCUUAACAUGGGCAGCUAAGUAGUAUCUGGUUAAUAUAAAGUAAACGCUAAAGCUUUUGCAUCUCGUCCUUAAACUUGGAUGUCUUUGAGUUUCAAGAGGUUCUCGGUAACUAAUUUUUAGACCGAGAAGUUAGGCCUCUGACAAAUAUUGUGUCUUAUAUUGGUCUUUUGUGUGGCACUAGCGUUUUAGCUGAACGUCUGCUUAGCCAGUUACUACUCUGUUAGCUUAGCUUUGCAUUGGAAUUUGUUAGCUUGGUUGACAGAUACAGCAGCUAAAAUUAACCAAGCUGGCAUCCAGAGCGAGUUAGGUUCCGUUUUGUCCGGGUGCAUGCAUGUGCAUGUGUACGUGUGUUUAUUUAUGCUACUCAUCAUAGUGGGACUCAACUGCACCUGAAUGUUUGGUGAUAGAAAUAGCAGCAGCUACAGCUAGCAGAUUGUUAGCUUGUCAAUAACAGCAAUGGGCUCUAAGAGGUGUCUAAAGACGACGAGAACGUUUUAUUUUUUGACCAUUCUGCUGAUAGUCUUCAUCAAAGGAAUAAGAUCUGAUGAAGAGCAACACGGGAAUGACGGACCAGAGCUGAAGUCUUACCAUGACCCAGAUGAUGAAGAGGAAGACGUACAUCUGGCAUCAGUAAUUGUGACAGGUGCCUCUGUGACCUCUGCUCAUGAUGUCUCCCAGCCAGAGGAGGAGAAACAGUCACCUGGAGAUGGACUGGAGGGAGAACAGGCAGAGGACCUGCCUGACCAGCCUCCUCCAGCUGAGGAGAAACCUAGAGAGGUUCCUUUGGUGAAUGGAGGUACAGCCCACGGAGAGCCCUGCAUCUUCCCAUUCCUCUUCCAGGGGAAGGAGUACUCGGACUGUACAACUGAUGGACGGGGGGAUGGACGGCUGUGGUGUGCCACAACCUACGACUAUGACCAGGAGAAAAAGUGGGGUUUCUGUGAGACGGAGGAGCAGGCACAGCAGAGACUGCUGGCAGAGGAGGCUGAGGAGCAGUAUCAGACAGUCCUGCGCAUGCUCAAUGCCACCACCAGGAGGACACAGAAGAAAGAAUUAUAUGAAAAGCUGCUCAAAGUAGCAGAGAAGGGCCACCAGAAAGCCAUGGAGAAGGUGGCAUACGCCAUGCUGUUUGGAGAUUACAUGAACCAGAACAUCACCAAGGCCAAAGAAAUGUUUGAGAAGCUUGCCAUAGAAGGGUCACCCAAAGCUCAGAUGGCUCUUGGCUUUCUGUAUGCUGCAGGACUUGGAGUUAAUUCGAGCCAAGCUAAGGCCUUGGUUUACUACACCUUCGGUGCACUAGGUGGAAACUUGGUCGCUCACAUGAUUCUGGGAUACAGAUACUGGGGGGGUGUGGGUGUUCCCCAGAGCUGCGAGUCAGCACUAACACACUAUAGGCUUGUGGCAAAUCAGGUGGCCAGCGACGUGUCCCUGACAGGGGGAUCAGCUGUGCAGAGGAUCAGGCUUCUAGAUGAGGUGGAGAACCCGGGCUCCACCAGCGGGAUGUUGGAGGAGGACCUGAUCCAGUACUACCAGUUCCUAGCUGAGAAAGGAGAUGUACAAGCUCAGGUGGGAUUGGGUCAGCUCCACUUGCAUGGAGGACGUGGAGUUGAACAAAAUCACCAGAGGGCGUAUGACUACUUCACACAGGCUGCAAAUGCAGGGAACACACAUGCCAUGGCUUUCCUCGGCAAGAUGUACUCAGAGGGCAGCGAGUUUCUCCCUCAGAACAACGAGACAGCCCUGCAGUUCUUCAAGAAGGCUUCAGACUUGGGUAAUCCAGUUGGACAGAGCGGCCUGGGCAUGGCCUAUCUGUAUGGAAGAGGUGUCCCAGUGAACUAUGAGCUGGCACUGAAAUACUUCCAGAAGGCAGCAGAGCAGGGCUGGGUGGACGGACAGCUCCAGCUGGGCACUAUGUAUUACAAUGGCAUUGGUGUGAAGCGUGAUUACAAACAGGCACUCAAGUUCUUCAACUUGGCCUCACAGGCAGGCCACAUCCUGGCCUUCUACAACCUGGCCCAGAUGCACGCCACUGGUACUGGCGUGAUGCGCUCCUGCCACACUGCUGUGGAGCUUUUCAAGAACGUGUGUGAGCGUGGCCGCUGGUCAGAGCGUCUGAUGACGGCCUACGGCAGCUUUAAAGAGGGAGAGACGGAUGCUGCGCUGGUGCAGUAUCUGCUGCUGGCUGAGCAGGGCUACGAGGUGGCCCAGAGCAACGUGGCCUUCAUUCUGGACCAGAAAGGGGCAAAGAUCUUCAGUGAGAAUGAGACAUACCCUCGUGCUUUGCUCCACUGGACAAGAGCUGCAGCACAAGGUUACACUGUGGCAAGGAUAAAACUAGGGGACUAUCACUUCUACGGCUACGGGACAGAUGUGGACUAUGAAACGGCUGUCAUCCACUACAGACUGGCAUCAGAGCAGCAGCACAGUGCCCAGGCCAUGUUCAACCUGGGUUACAUGCAUGAGAAAGGCCUGGGCAUCAAACAGGACAUCCAUUUAGCCAAGCGUUUCUACGACAUGGCUGCUGAAGCCAGUCCUGAUGCCCAGGUCCCAGUUUUCCUGGCACUGUGCAAGCUGGGCCUGAUUUACACGCUCCAGUACCUGCAGGAUCUUAAUCUGAAGGAGCUGAUUUCUCAGGUGGACCUGGACCAGCUCCUGGGCCCGGAGUGGGACCUUUACCUUAUGACCGUCAUCGCCCUGCUCUUGGGCACGGUCAUCGCUUACCGACAGCGGCAACACCAAAUCAUCGUGCCACCUCGUCCACCUGCCCCUGCCCCAGCUCCGCCUCCCAGACCACCUCAGGAACAGCCACAAGCCCAGGCCGAGACCCAGGGUCAGGGAGAAACGCAAGCCCAGGGCCCGGCCCACGAGGAAGAGGAGCAGCAGUGAGAGGAAGCCGGACAGAGUGAGGGCAGGAAUAAACAGACAGAGGUUGUGCCAGCCCACUGCACGGAGCAGCUGGUGCUUACUAACUGAAUACCUGCUAGUUUGAGCAGCACCUCUCCCACUCUGCCUGCUUCACUCCACAUACUGAAAAAAAAGAAGAAAAAAAAACUACGAUGGCUGCUGAACUGCUCAGUCCCACGGCUCCAUUUCUCCAUCUAAAA